AUGAAUAGUGAAGCCAAGUCUCUCUUCGGGGUGAAAGGCAAAGUCGCCGUUGUCACUGGAGGCGGGUCGGGCAUUGGGAGCAUGAUCGCAUCCGCGUUUGUGCAGAACGGCGCCAAAGUCUACAUCGCGUCGCGCAAAGAGAAGCAGCUUCAGGACAUGUGUGAAGCGCUCAACAAGAAAGGUCCCGGGAGCUGCCACUAUGUCGUCGCAGACCUGACCACUAAGGCAGGAUGUGACAGCCUCGCAGGCAAGAUCAAGGAGCAAGAGUCGAAGGUACACAUCUUGGUCAAUAACUCGGGCGCGUCAUGGGGGGCUCCGUAUUCCAAUGUUCCCGAGAAGGAAGGUUGGGACAAAAUCCUCUCUCUAAACGUCAAGAGCAUCUUCUACCUCACUGCGGCCUUGACCCCUCUCCUUGCCAAGGAUGCCACCUCGUUCGAUCCCGGACGCGUCAUCAACAUCUCCUCGGUCGCAGGUUUCCUCAGCACGUCCACAGGCUCCAAGCUCGCUGAUGGUGACAUGGGGCUCUGGAGCUACGGCACCAGCAAGGCCGCUGCGAACCACCUCACGGUCCUUCUCUCCACCACCCUUGCGCCCAAGUUUAUCACCGUGAACGCGAUUUGCCCGGGCGUCUUCCCAUCAAAGAUGACCGCAUUCGGAAUCAAGAAGCACGGCGAGGACGGACUCGCUGUGGGCAACCCGUUCGGACGCAUCGGACACCCAAGAGACAUGGCCGGCGUCGCGCUCUUCCUCGUCAGUCCCGCAGCGGCGUACGUGACUGGCAACCACGUCAUCCUCGACGGCUCCGGCAUGCAUUCCCGCUUGAAGGGGAACCUCUGA